CGCGCUUGUAAUUUUCUCCGCCAACUGUCAAAUCUUCUAGUUUUGUUAAAUCCGAAUUCAAAGCGUGAUUUUGGUCAAAAUUUUGAAUUAUUUUUGUGUAACGCCGUUUUUAAAGUGUUAAUAAUCGUUCCUUGUUUGCGUAUUAGUGAUUGGUGGUAGCAGAUUUUGACUUUUUUUGAAAUGAUGGCCAGUAAAAGGCGAAAAAUCGACGAAACUUGUCAGCUUGAAAUGAAAAAAAUCACAGCUGAAAAUUUGAGUUUGGAUUAUUUUUUGCUACUGUCACGGAAUGUAGCUAGUGAGUUAAUGCAACAAUUGGAGGAUUCGGUGGAAUAUCUGGACGGUGACUUAUCGAAAGUGCGAGUUUUCGGGAAAUGGCACCAAAUUCCGCGCCAACAAGCCGCCUACGGGGACCAAGGAACGGUUUACAAGUUUUCGGGGACUUCAAUCCCGUGCAAACCUUGGACUGAGACUCUAAUUCAAGUCCGAAACCUUAUAAAACGGGUCACUGGGUUCGACUAUAAUUUUGUUCUAAUUAAUCGAUAUAGGGACGGCAAUGAUCACAUUGGGGAGCACAAAGAUAACGAAUCAGAGUUAGAUAAGAACACACCAAUUGCCUCUUUAUCUCUGGGCCAACAAAGACUGUUUGUUUUUAAACACCAAGACUGUAGGAAAAAAGGGGGCGCGAAGCGCUCCGUACCCCCAGUCAAAAUUCAACUCCAACACGGAAGUCUUCUUCUAAUGAACCCCCCAACUAACAAUUACUGGUACCAUGCCCUACCACCGGCUAAAAGGGCACCAGGGGCGCGAAUUAACCUGACUUUUAGGAAAAUCAAUUGUUACAAUCAAUAAAUUGUUAUUUUUUGCCAAGAAGCCAGAAAUUGUAAUUUUAUUAGAGUAAAAUUGAAGGUUAUGUAAUGGGUAUGCAACCAA